GGAAAGCAAUCCAAACUGCCGUCCACAGGUAAUAGAAUGCAGCCAGAGAUCAAAAACAUUAAACCGUGUUUAUCCUGUGGAAAGUUACAUCUACGAAGCACUUGCCGUUUUCGGAGUGCUAAGUGUCACAAAUGUGGUAAAGUUGGACACAUCAAGACUGUGUGCAGAAGUUCGAAUACAUAUGUUACUGAGAAUCCUGAUAAUUCUUCCAAUUUAUCUGGUAAAAUGCAGUCGAUGUCUCUUUCAACUUUUCCCAAUACUCAAUCUCAUCUAAUGAGAACCUUCACUACAAGUUCAGAUGGCCAGAAGUCAUCAUUACAGAUAGUCCUAAUGCCAAAUUCACUCACAGAGCGUUGAGAAAGAUUUUUAGUCGAGAAGGAAUUCCAGAUGUCUUAGUUACUGACAAUGGUACUCAUUUUACGGAGAAGAACUUCAAUGAUUGGCU